AGUCAAAUCAAUAAAUUUUCAAAUCUAAACAGAGUUGAACACUUCUGGUUUUACAGUCGUUUCUUUCCAUAUUCGUCAUCUGUUCUUCGUCUUCAUUCACAAUCCAAAAAACUCGUCUGGGCCUGUUUUGAUAUUCAUUUCUUGGCAAUCCAAAAACCUUGUUCUCCAAUCAUCUCUCUCUCUCUCUCUCCACAAUCCAGAAAAACUCAUUUGGGUCUGUUUUGAUGUUCAUUUGGGUCUGUUUUGAUAUUCACUUGGAUUUUCUUGGCAAUCCAAAAAAACCUUGCCGUCCAAUCAGCUUUCUCUCUUGUUUUAUCAGUUUCCUCCGGCCUUUCUUUUGUGUUCCCCAAAUCGCAAAAAGGGUGUCCACUUUUUUUUUUUUCCUCUGCCCAACCCUUGCUGAUUCUCCUUGUGGGGUUCGGUGAGAUUCAAAUGCAUCUAUACAUAUAUACACAUGUGGGUACUCUUCAUAUGCGAAGAAUUGACAAUCUUUCGGCCUAACUGGUUCAAGGACACUGGCUGAUAAACAACAGGUUCAAAUAUAGCAGUGGUUAAUCUGCAGAGAAUUUGAACUAGAAAAGUGCUGCCACCUUGUAGUCAGCUGUUGCAAUGAAGACUCUUAAUGAUGAUGAGAUUGAUGUUUUGGAAGGUGGUAAAUUGGAAAGAGACAGAGAGAAGACCAUCCGAAGUAACAAGACAGUAAAAAUACGUAACCAGGCCUUGUUAUCUGGCUUUGCAUAUUGCAUUUCAUCUUGUAGCAUGAUACUUGUUAACAAGUAUGUCCUUUCCAGCUAUGAUUUUAAUGCCGGGAUAUCUUUGAUGCUCUACCAGAACCUUGUCUCAGUGGUUAUUGUGUCGCUGUUGAGUGUUUUUGGUUUAAUAACGACAGAACCUCUCACGUGGAGAUUGAUUAAGGUCUGGUUUCCUGUGAACGUUAUAUUCGUCGGGAUGCUAGUCACAAGCAUGUUUAGUCUGAAAUAUAUAAACGUUGCCAUGGUCACAGUCCUGAAGAACGUUACAAAUGUGAUAACUGCAGUUGGGGAAAUGUAUCUUUUCAGUAAGCACCAUGACAACAGAGUUUGGGCUGCUCUAUUUUUAAUGAUUAUAUCUGCUGUCUCUGGAGGGAUUACAGAUCUAUCUUUCCAUGCAGUUGGCUAUGCAUGGCAGAUAACUAAUUGCUUCUUGACAGCAUCAUAUUCUCUAACACUACGCAGGGUCAUGGACACAGCAAAGCAAGUUACAAGAUCUGGGAACUUGAGCGAGUUUUCAAUGGUCUUGCUCAAUAACACGCUCUCGUUGCCCUUAGGGGUUAUACUAAUCUUCAUUUUUAAUGAGGUCGACUAUCUUUCUAGAACACCACUUCUAAGAAUGCCUACCUUCUGGUUGGUGAUGACAUUAAGUGGAUUUUUGGGUCUAGCAAUCAGCUUCACUUCAAUGUGGUUUCUUCAUCAAACAGGGGCCACUACAUACAGCCUUGUGGGAUCACUUAACAAAAUACCCCUCUCUGUUGCUGGUAUCUUUCUGUUCAAUGUCCCUACGAGUCUAGAGAAUUCUGCAAGCAUAUUAUUUGGUCUGGUGGCAGGCGUGUUUUUCGCUCGAGCAAAAAUGCGGGAAAAGUCUCAGUCUUAACAAGUUAUGAACUGCUAGGUGUCUGUAGACUAGUUGUGUUGUAUCUCUAUCAGAUUGCUUAUAUAUUUCACGUCAGGAAUGUCAGAAACAUUCAGAGCACUUCUCUCCGACAGGCGACUGGAGUGAGGACUCUCACUCCAUUGGGAAGUUGUUAAAAUUCCCCUAUUACCUCAGAACAGAGCUCUAAAAGGCGGCCGCCUAGGCCGAUUAGUCCCCGCCUAGGCACUAGGCGGUGGUCCGACGCCUAGAUUAGACAUUCGACUAGUCGGGCGCCUAGUCCCCACCUAGGUGCUAGGCGGCUGACUAGUCGGCGCCUAGGUGCUAGGCACCCCUUUUCCGCCCGACUAGCACCUAGCAAUUUUUAGAACAUUGCCUCGGAACUGAUUCUUGAUCUGUAUUUGGAGUGGGAGAUAAUUUCCUCUAACCUUUGUAAUUUGUUAGAUGCACCUGACUGUACUUUAGAAUUAAUUACUUGUGUAUUGAAGUGUAGUCAAAUUAGCUCAGAAGAGGAAAAUUGAAAUGAGAACUUAGUUGGUGGAAUCUGAUGAUACAUUCCUUUUGAGGC